GGCUGGGCAGCAGACGGAGGCACAUCAGGCUGGGCAGCAGACGGAGGCACAUCAGGCUGGGCAGCAGACGGAGGCACAUCAGGCUGGGCAGACAGAGGCACAUCAGGCUGGGCAGCAGGCACCGGGCCAUCAGGCGGAGCAGCAGGCACCGGGCCAUCUAGCAGAACAGCGGGCACCGAGUCACCAAGCUCAGCAGCGGGCACCGAGUCAUCUGGUACGACAGCAGGCACCGAGUCAUCUGGCACGACAGCGGGCACCGAAUCAUCUGGCACGACAGCGGGCACCGAGUCAUCUGGCUCGACAGCGGGCACCGAGUCACCAAGCUCGACAGCGGGCACAGAGUCAUCUGGCAGGACAGCGGGCACCGAGUCAUCUGGCAGGACAGCGGGCACCAAGUCACCAAGCUCGACAGCAGGCACCGAGUCAUCUGGCACGACAGCGGGCACCGAG